GUGGGGUAAAGUGAGCUAGUUUGGGGGGAAAUCCGUCGUUCGAAAGAGCACUUCUCACUGGACUCAGGACGGAGCACAGGCGAAGAUGUCGAACUUCUCAACAAUUUACAAGCUCUCUGUGCUCGCUGUACUUUCUCUAGUACAAGUGUGCCUCUCGAGUUGCCCUGUAAUGGAGUGCUGGUACACGCUAGAGAAAGGCAGAAGAGGAGGCUUAGCUUCAUCUUCCAACCAAGUCAACUCUCUGCUUUUUAUCAAGACCGAAGAACAGCAACAUGACCGAAGGACCGUGAACACACCCUCUGAUAUCGAACAUAUGUUCUUCAUUACAGACCCCUCUGGCUCCCUGUGUCACCGGGCCCUGAACCCUCCUGUAGGCUCCAUAAAGAAGCCUCACUGUGAGCUGAACCGGAUUCAGCCGCAGCCUUCCUCUCUCCUCUGGGUGGCGCCGCUCACAGACUCUGCACAGAGCCCCUUGUACCUCCAGGCCGAGUGGUUUGCAGCCACAAUCCACGGCCUCAAUAAAGAGAUGUCUGUGACCAGUGUCAUACGCACUCCACCGGAGAGCGAACACAAUGAUGUGAUCUUGAGCGUGACCACUAAAACUGUCUUCGUGGCGGCUCGACUGGGGGAGACCGCUUUGUUGGACUGUAGUUUCUGGGUGGACCCCUCUUCCCCUCUCCACGGUGCUGGGUUUUCUGUGGAGUGGCGAUAUCAGUUCAGGGGAAACGGGCAUCUAGUCUUGGGUUACGACGGAAAGACUGACCGCCUGUCCGAUAUAAGGGAUGAAGGAGCCAUGCUGGACUUCGAGAGUGUGCACCAGAACGGGAACGCGUCUCUGAUCCUGUCUGACACUAAAGUCAAACAGUCCGGGACAUACAUCUGCUCUGUGCAUGUGCCGUAUCUCCUGGCACAAGUGGCACUGGAGCUGGAGAUUGUAGAGCCCCCGUCUGUCUCCAUCCACCCGUCCCCUCCCCCCCUCAUCAUCCCCGGACAGACUGUGACUCUGCACUGUGAGGCUUCUGGAUUUGCCCCUCUCUCUCUGGACUUCAGUUGGGAACUCACAGAUUCUGAGGGGAAUGUUACACCUCUGGGGUCGGGCAGCGUGUCAGGGCACAGAGAGGGCUACGAUGGCACUUACAGUCAGACCAGCAAACUGCAAUUGGACUCAGCCAAACUGGAGCAGGGGAGAGGAGGCGAGCUGACCUGUGUGGCAGAGCAUCCUGGCGGCACACGAAGGACUAGUGUCAACCUCAAUGUCAUUGGUUUUAGUACUCCAUCUAUCGAAGAUUCAAUGGCAAUGGUGGGAGUGGCUUUAGUGCUCUAUGGCCUUAUCAAGUUUGUCUCAUGGACUUUCACUGGUUCAGGUGAUGAUGAAUCUGAUGAAAAGAAAAAGAAUUAAACAUCAGAUCUCUGUGAAGAACAUUAGUUGUAACAUGAAGAAAGAUGUGAUCAUUUGGGAGUGGAAUUUUGUUUAAACAUUAUUGUUUCUUUUGAUGUCUUCACAUCUGGAAAGUAUCUUUUGCAUCUAUGGAAGUGGUAUCAAACCUGUUUAAUUUUCUUUUCCUGCUGAUGUUUCUUAUUUUGGUACAAUAUUUACAUGUGUUUAACUGUUGAGGUUUUAUCUCUAAGUAGGAAGGAUUUGAAAGUGAAUGUUAAAUUAGUGAAAAUGUGUUUUUGUAUAUAUGCUUGCCAGUGUGUAAUGUAUUUUAUUUUUCUUGUUUUUCUUUGAAAAGUUACUUACAUAAAAUUAACUCAUUACUCUGCCCUCUACACACAUGUCCCAAAUGACACACUUAUUGGAAUAACAUGAAAAAUGUGAAAAAUAUUAAUGAUUUAGGUUAGUGUGUUUACUGUUAAAUUGUGUGUAUAUUAGACAGAAAUGGUCAAAUGUAAAUUUGUUGUUUGUAAAUAUUAGGAGGUAUGUAUAUUUGUAAUAUUUUCCCAUGGCAGAGUGAGAUCACAUAAUUAAGUUUUACAAUAAUAGGUCUGUCUGCUCUUUAAGAUGAAUGUGAAUAAAAUGGUAAAAAAAUGGG